ACUGGAGUAGCAGCCUUUCCUCUCACAGUAGAGCUGUAUGUCCAUGAACAACAACUACGAACCAAAUUCCUUUAGCUGAGCUGUGACUGUCUGAUAUGAGAGAAAUACUUUAUCACCAAGUUUACUGUUUUAGACGUCUAUAGGAAAUCUAUGAAGUCGACCAACGCAGUAUAAAAUAAGGAAACAAGAAGGGGAAGACUUAGCCUAGACUACUUCUGGACUAGUUUGCAAGCUCUCCAAUCGGAAUACAUAACAACCGUUUGAAGUUGUUACAUCUUGAGAACGGCAACAAUUUAUCAUUGCAAGCAGCAGUCCACGACUUGGUUGAAGUUGCGCACGUCUCGUGGUAGCGCGCAGCACCAUCGUGACCAUUUCCUCGCGGUUACUUCAGAUAAACUACCACGACGGCAAGGCCAGCCAUGGUGAACAGCCGGGUGGAGGCAUCAGCCGUGGCGGUGACGGGGGGUAGCGGCGGCUCGGCAGGCAGGUCAUGCGCGGGCUGUGGUGGGCGCAUCGCCGACCGCUUCCUGCUCUUCUCCAUGGAGCGCUACUGGCACACGCGAUGCCUCAAGUGCUCCUGCUGCCACGCCCAGCUGGGCGAGAUUGGCACCACCUGCUACAGCAAAGGGGGCAUGAUCCUCUGCAAGAACGACUACAUCAGACUGUUUGGGCACAGCGGGGCAUGCAACGCCUGUGGCCAGUCCAUCCCUGCCAGUGAGAUGGUGAUGCGGGCACAGGGCAACGUGUACCACCUCAAGUGUUUCACCUGUGCCACCUGUAGAAACCGUCUGGUGCCGGGCGACCGCUUCCACUAUGUCAACGGCACCAUCUUCUGUGAGCACGACCGGCCAGGGGGCGCCCUGCUCAGCAGUCACCUGACCCCGCUGCAGGGGAACAGCAUGAUGCCCGACCAGAAGGUCUGCUGAAGAAGAAUGGAUGACAAAGCAACUUGUGCCUUCUCCUCCCCUUCUUCCUUUUCCUCCCCUGAGUUUGUCCUGCACCAUCCAUCCCAUCCUUCAGAUAUUCCGAUAUCCAUACUCCGGAUUCCGAUAUCCAUACUCCGGAUACUGCUGCCAGUGUCCAUUUGGCUUUCCCAGCAACACGGCAUUCCCCCCAAAAAAUAAUGCUUCUUCUGGUCAUCGAGAAUCAUGUUGUCAACCUUGACAUAACUGAAGUCUCCUGCUUCAAGGGGAAGAUGCGGAGGAGGGAAAGGCUGUUGAUGAAGAUGAGGAAGAGGAUGAUUUAUAUUGUCAAACCAGUGUCUGUUUUCGGUAAGUCCAUUGAUGACUGACUUGUAAUGCCCUGAGAGGACUAUGGCAUUUCCAGUGAUGGACCAUCUUUGAUGUAGCACCUUUCCCUAGCCAGCACAUAAAACUACAGGGAGAGAGCGAUGACGCAGACCAAUAAAUAUAAACCGGUUCUCGUCUGGAGCUGUUUCAACCAAACUACAGUUGAAUGACUCUCGAAACACGAAGAGCGUGUUCAAAACUCGAAGCCCUUUCAUGUGUCGGAUUGAGAGAAACAGGAAAUACUGUGGUUGCAGUGCUAUGCGGCCGUAGCUUUUGCCCACUGGACGUUCCUGAACUCUCAUUGGCUCACUCAAGCUGGCGAGUUGGGCCGAACGAGGAAUGAUCAAAUACACCUGCCUGGAUGUCUCGUCUACUUUCAAAAAUGUACUCUGUGUACUAAAUGAAGAAUACCUGUAGAAUAUUCAUCAAAACAUACCUUUUAGUCCCAUGAUUCUUUUGUACUGCAAGUGGUUGCCUUGUGUUUCUCGAUUGUCUUCGAUAUUUAGUUAUGUUUUCAGGUGAAGAUGGUUCCUGGGGUUAGUAAAUGUACUCCUGUUUAUGGGAACAUACAAAUAUGCAUUUGUAGUUGUUAAAAAAAAAAAAGUCAGUUGAGAAUUGUUAUUCCAACAGCAGCAGUGCUCCAUACGUCUUAAAUGUAUUCUUGUUGUGUGGUGGUGGAAGAGGAGAAGGUCAAAGUUGAACUGGUCCACAUAUAACCAGGGUUGUGUUGAGUAGGGCUCACCAUAGAUAGAAAACAGAAAACGAAGUGUAUUAUUGGAGAAUCCCAGGUAGUCCCUCCCUGUUUCAGGCCAUUUUCUUCCGUUUGACACAGGUUGAGGGAAGAGGGGAGCGGUAUGAGGAUGGAGUGAAUUAAUAACUGUACAUAUAUUUUCUAGUUAUUGUAUUGUGGUCUAUGGUUGAAUUUAGUCUUUGUGUGGCCUUUGUUUUCCGGGCAGAGGCCCAUUUUCAAAUGCUGUAAAACAUCUAUAUGGAGAAAAAAAAAGUACUUUCUAAAUAACUAUAAUAAUUAUAAUAUUGCCAGUCACCUGUGUCGCGUCUGUAAUGAGUGUUUGGAUAAUAUUUACCUGCCGUGUGUGUGCGCGUGUGUAGCGAGGUGUGACAAAUAGCGCUUUCACACCGAAAGGUAAAGCUCCCGGACUCAGACAAACAUGGCCGAUUACCCUCAGGAAUGGAAUUUCAAAGGCUUGAGCUGGGGCCAUUACAGAAGCAAUUAAAGUGGGAUACACUGGAGGCCCAAGCUUUAGCUGAAGUCCUGUGCCGGAGUCUAAUGAGGCCUAAUCUGGUGAGCUGGCCUAAUUAAAAGGGAGGGACCCCUUUCCUGUGGGUGCUGAGUAGAGCAGUCCAGCUGUUGACUUUACAGGGCUCACCAUGCAACAACAAACUGAAAAGAAAUAAGCCAACACUUUUUCUAUUACCUUUAACUCCACAUACAUUUUCUGUUUUCUUUCUUCACUGCGUAUGAAUUUGACAUUUUCACUUCUUUGCUGAGGUCUGAACUUGGAAGUUGGGGUAGAGGGCCUCUACAUAUAGAAUGGCAUGUCAUAAUUGUUUCUUGGCAUGAAAAUGCCCCUCAGAUGUUGUUGAUUUAAUUAGCUAAUUAGACUCCCAUCUUAUAGGUACCUUCGGCCUAGAAAUCACAGUCAACUUUUAUCAUCUUUUUUUAUUUCUUAUUCCGUGACUUUUCUACAGAGAGAAAUUAAAACCAAACCGGCAAUAGCCCUACAAAGAACAUUAAAAAAAACACUGAAGUAGC